AGGCCUUACAUAAUAAAUGUAGAAAUCCCGCCCACUUUCUCAGCCUAAAUAAUGCUGCAGACCGAAAGUGCUCACAGUAGAGCUUUAGACAAUUGAAUGAAGUUCGUCUGAAGAUCAACUUCAGAACUCUUUAAUAAACUGCGGGACUAGAUUAAAGGAAGCAUCCACUUUUGCAUUUAAAGGGACUUGCACAACCUGCAAAAUGAUUUUCGACAAGUUGAAAAAGUUUGACAUCGUCUUCGAGUCUCCGGAGGGGGACUGUCCUCCAGUGUUCAGCAGCGGGGACGUGGUGUCCGGCCGGGUGGUGGUGGACCUGUCCGGGGAGAGUCGGGUGGACUCACUGAAGCUCCACGCCGAGGGAUUCGCUAAAGUGCACUGGACUGAGUCCCGGUCCGCCGGCUCCAGCACCGCAUACACCCAGAACUACAGCGACGAGGUGGAGUACCUGAACCGGAGAGAGGUGCUGCUUCAGGCAGAUAACGGUGAUGUGACAGUCCUUCCUGCCGGCAGACACGAAUUUCCAUUCAGCUUCCAGCUGCCUGAGGAGACGCUGGUCACCUCCUUUGAAGGGAAGCACGGCAGCAUCCGUUACUGGGUCAAAGUUAAGCUACACAGGCCAUGGGCCACGGUUAAAAAGAUCAAGAAGGAGUUUACAGUCAUUGAGCCCAUUGACAUCAACACGCCAGCCUUACUGGCACCACAGGCUGGAACAAAGGAUAAAAUGGCACGAGCAUGGUACCGCAACUUUGGACAAGUGUCUGUAACUGCAAAGAUAGACCGUAGAGGCUACACGCCAGGUGAAGUGAUACCUGUGUUUGCGGAAUUUGACAAUGCUACCUCCAGAUCAGUUGUACCCAGGGCCUACAUCACUCAGACACAGACGUUCAUCGCCCGUGGCACCAUGAAACAGAAGCGCGCGGUAGUGGGCACACUGUGCGGUGAUAUUGUGGGUGCCAGAUGCAGGGAGACGUGGCACGGUCGCGCCAUUAAGAUCCCACCUGUGGGUCCCUCCAUCCUGCAGUGCCGCAUUAUUAAAGUGGAGUACAUGCUCAAGGUUUGUGUUGAUGUUCCUGGGACAUCCAAGAUGUGUCUGGAGCUGCCGCUGGUCAUCGGCACAAUUCCCCUCCAUCCCUUUGGCAGCCGGACCUCCAGCGUCAGCAGCCAGUACAGCGUCAACCUUGAGUGGCUGCGCAUGGCCAUCCCUGAGCAGCCUGAGCCCCCUCCAGAUUACAACUCCGUGGUGACAGAUGAGGAGGCUGUGCAGCGCCAAAAUACGGUUGUCCCGCAACAGGCAGAAGACCUGAGUGGGAUCAUGGAGCGCCCCCUUAUGGCCUUUGUACAAGAAUUUCGCUUCCGACCUCCGCCGGUUUACAGCGAGGUUGACCCCAACCCUCAGCCCUUAAACAUGAGACCUCGCUGCAUGACGUGUUGAACCAUGAGCCCUACCUGAGCGUCAAGCGACUUAAUUUAUAGAAACAAAUCAAGAGAUUUGUCUUCUCCUGGAUUACUUCUCUCUGAUAAAUGGCACCUGGUCCCACCAAGUGUUCGUGGAGGGGGACUGGAGCGCCGUGGAGAGUUUCGGAGACGGAGCUCACAGGAACUGGAUGUCAGUGGAGGAGCCGCCACUUUGUUUCCAGUUCAUAAAGAAAAGUGGACCAUUUCCUGUUCUGUUCCAAGGAAAGUAACUUCUCCACAUCCGUUCCUGUCCUCCCCAAGUGAUUGAUUGCUCCUUUU